AUGAGUUCCAUUGUGGAUUGGUUGUUCGGGUCGGUCUCAAAGGUUUUAAAUUACCUCGGCCUGUACCAAAAACACGGAAAACUUGUAUUCUUGGGGCUUGACAAUGCCGGAAAGACUACGCUAUUACAUCGACUCAAAGAUGACAAAAUGGCUCAACCUGUGCCCACUUACCACCCGACUUCAGAGGAACUUUGCAUUGCCGGAAUGAGAUUUACGACUUACGACCUGGGUGGCCAUUUGCAAGCCAGGCGAGUAUGGCACAAUUACAUUCCUGCUGUUGACGGCAUAGUUUUCAUCGUUGAUGCAAGUGAAAAUGAGAGGUUUAUGGAGGCGAAAACUGAACUCGAUAGCCUCAUAAUGGAUCCACAAGUAGCAAAUGCUCCCAUCUUAAUUCUUGGCAACAAGAUCGAUAAACCAACGGCCGUGAACGAGGCACUUCUACGGAACUAUUUGGGCCUCGACGGUCAAUUAACUGGAAAAGGAAUUGUACCCAGAGACCGAAUUGCUGGCGGCCGUCCUAUCGAAAUCUUCAUGUGCAGCAUCCUUAAACGACAAGGCUACGGGGAAGCCUUUAACUGGCUUGCCCAAUACCUCGACUAA